CGUCCCUUGCGCAGGAGCGGGGAGCUGCAUUUGUGGAAGAUGCAGCCUUGGCAAUGCAUUCUGGGAGGCACCAGGUUGCUGCGCCGCAGGCCUGCGGGCUGGACCUUGCCAUUGGCACUGCGGACUUUGGGUUCCACGGGCCACAGUCUGGAUUCCGGGACACACACCGAGGGAGCCAAGCAGUCAGGAGGGGGCCUGGAAGCUUUCCGUGUCAAGUUAGCCACGGGGCCGCCCAUGCAGCAUUUUCUACGAGGUGCUGCCCCUGCGCAGGAAAGCCACCGCUUGCCAGAUGACGCAAAGGAGGACGCAGCUCACUACCUUGGGACUGACACGGUUGCCGAGGCGCCAAGAAAAGUGUACCUGGAGACUUAUGGCUGUCAGAUGAACGUCAAUGAUACGGAGAUCACUUGGUCCAUCCUUCAGAGGAGUGGUUACCUGAGGACCAGCAGGCUGGAGGAGGCGGACGUCAUUCUGCUUGUCACGUGUUCCAUCAGGGAAAAGGCUGAGCGGACCAUCUGGAACCGCCUGCGGCACCUCACGGCUCUGAAGUCCAAGCGGUCUUCCGCGCUGGUCCCACUCCGCAUCGGGAUUUUGGGCUGCAUGGCGGAGAGGCUGAAGGAGAAGAUCCUGGACCAGGAGAAGAUGGUGGAUGUUGUGGCCGGCCCCGAUGCUUACCGCGACCUUCCCCGUCUCCUGGCAGUGGCCGAAACUGGCCAGCAAGCAGCCAACGUACUGCUGUCCCUGGACGAAACCUAUGCGGAUGUCCUGCCCGUCCAGACCAGCACCAGCUCCACGUCAGCAUUUGUGUCCAUCAUGCGCGGCUGUGAUAACAUGUGCAGCUAUUGCAUCGUGCCGUUCACCCGUGGCCGCGAGCGGAGUCGGCCCGUCGCCUCCAUCCUCCAGGAAGUGCAGCUCUUGUCAGAUCAGGGCGUGAAGGAGGUGACCCUCUUGGGGCAGAACGUCAACAGCUACCGAGACACCUCCGAGGUCCAGUUCCUCUCGGGGGCGCCCGCCCCCCUGAGCCGCGGCUUCAGCACCGUCUACAAACCCAAAGCGGGGGGCUUGCGCUUCGCGGCCCUCCUGGACCGGGUGUCCCUGGUUGACCCUGAAAUGCGGAUCCGCUUCACCUCCCCGCACCCCAAAGACUUCCCGGACGAGGUCUUCCAGCUCAUGCGGGAAAGACCCAACCUCUGCAAGCAGAUCCACCUCCCAGCUCAGAGUGGCAGCACCCGUGUCCUGGAGGCCAUGCGGCGAGGGUACACCCGGGAGGCGUACUUGGAGUUGGUGCACCACAUCCGAGCCUCCCUGCCAGGCGUCAGCCUCAGCAGUGAUCUCAUCGCCGGCUUCUGCGGGGAGACGGAGGCCGACCACCAGCAGACGAUCUCUCUCUUGCGCCAGGUCCGCUACAACGUGGCCUUCAUCUUUGCCUACAGCAUGCGGCAGAAAACCCGGGCGUUUCACCGGCUGCAGGAUGACGUGCCGUCGGAAGUGAAGGUCCAGCGGUUGAAGGAGCUCAUGGCCGUGUUCCGGGAGGAGGCUGCCUCCGCCAAUGCGGCUGCCGUGGGUCAUACACAAGUGGUCUUGGUGGAGGGGCCCAGCAGGCGCUCCCCUUCCGACCUGUGCGGCAGGAAUGAUGGCAACAUCAAAGUGAUCUUCCCUGACGUCGAGAUCGACGGCGGCUCCGGGCCCGGAUCUGCAGCGAAAGCCAAGCCAGGAGACUACGUCCUGGUGGAGAUCUGCUCUGCGAGCUCCCAGACGCUGAGGGGCAUUCCUCUCCGUCGAACCACCCUGAGAGAAUCUGCAGCUUUCUGCUGAGGCCGCCCUCCGAGUGUCGGCACGGACCAGAUCCAGCCAGAACGAAGAGCCCCGCGGCCGCGGGUGCCCGCGGGAGCCUCCCGGGCCCCCGAUGCCUCUGCUGUUAGUGCAGCUCAGUUCUGCUGCCUUGUGGGUCGGUCCUGUCCCUGCCCUCAACUCUCCGCAGCACGUCCUGUCCAGCCAUUUGGCUUCCUUGCGGCACCGCACAUGAUGUGCCGUGUCAAAAAUAACAUAGCCAGUUGUGGCUCACCAGGGACUAUCCAGAAGUCACAGGAGAUGGGGCAGUGUGGUGAGGAAACAGGGUUGAUAGGAAGUAAUUCACGGGCUGCUCAUGAGAGGUGAUGCGGAGCUUGUUUAACGUGUCAUCCUGAGCGGAGUUGCGUAUUUCCCGGCCCAUUGACUUCAGUGGACUUAGAAGGAUUUAACUCUGCUUAGAAUUGCACUGCUAACGCCUCCUCCUUUCGUUCCCCGCUUCCUUACGGUAGCCUGCCUGAAUGUAACGCCCCGUCCUGUUUUUGGUUUGACCCCCUGGAUGCUGUUCAUUUGGCUCCAGGAGCACCGACGGACGCUGGCCACACAGAGCCUGUGAGAUAUCCACCUUAGAGCAUCUUUGCCUGGGCAUGUCGCACUUCUCUAUCCAGCCAGGGUGGUGCAGAGCAACGGUUGCAUAGUGAGUGUGUGAGUGAAUGGGAAGAGGAGGAACUAAUAAACUGAGUCGUUUGCUAAGGUUUGUGUUUUGGCUUCUGCAUCAGUGUGUUCUGCAAUGCCUAUAAAGCUGGACUGUGUGUCUGGACCCUAAACGAUUUGAUUUUUUUUUGGCCAGAUUAAUUCAAAUGCUGCUUCAAGACAAGGCACCUUUUGAAUAUCUGUUUGCUACUUUGGUUGGCCUGAUUUCCUCUUUCCAAAAGAAAGGGUGUAUCUAGGGCCUUCGACGCUCACUACCGGUCCCCGGGAGAUCCUGUUUCUCACCUUCUGUCUUGGGAUCUACUUAGACCCAUAUCCUUUUAAGCCUGAGUCCUAGAGCUUGGAUUGAGAGCGAUUGUGGGGACUGCCCCAGAGCUACAGGACUAGGAUGGUGUGUGUGUGGGGGUGCUGGCCGUAAUCCCACAAGUAACACCACUGAUUUGGGGGAAGGCCUCGUUUCAAAUCUGAACGGCCGUAGGCGAGUCACUCCCAUCUCUAAAAUGGAAACGGUGCCGCGUCUCAUGGGAAGCUGCCACAAACUAUUUCCAGAUCUUUUACUUUUAAAUUGUUUUUUCCUGUCUAUCUCUGUAUCAUAUGCUGCAUUAUAA